GCGGGGAGGGCCUCCUCGGGCACGGGCUCGUAGGCGCGGCGGGGAUCUCGCGCUUCCACGGCGCACGUGGAGAUAGUCCCGCUCGUGGCUCACGGCGGCUGCACGCUCGGCGCACGGCUCGAAAAUUUUCUCACCACGGUAUAAACAUGGCCGGCCCGCGCGCACGGCCGCACGGCUCCUUGGCCUGUCACAAUCCGCGAUGGGAGGGGGUCGUUGAACCUUAACGCGGGUGCGAGACGGCGUCGCGGAAGGGCACCGGCCGCGCAAACCUUUUUUCCGGGCCUCCGGGGAAAAACGGCGUAGCACCGUGGGCUACGGUGGGCGCGACCUAAAAAUAGAUCACCAAUUCGGCGGAUUGUUUUGACUAAUAAUGCGCUUCGCAACCUACUCGCUGGUGGCGCCACUGGCCAAGCGGUGGUGGUGGCGACGACGGCGGCGAGGCCCCACCGGUGCGGCGUCGCCACGAUACGCCGCAUCGCGGCGGUAAAUGCGCUGCGCGUCAUCGCGACGCGCACCUACAGGCUACAGGCGCGUGCACAUGAUUGCUGUCACUGUCACAGACGUUAACGUCGAGGAUUCAACAAACGUUUUUUUUUUUCGCGCCUUUCGCGGUAGCUGUUAACCACAUCCGCGUGUUACGAUGUCUGGGAACGACGUGAAGCAGACCCUCCGAAAGCUGGACUUCCCUUACUGCGCCAGGGAAGCUCUGUGCAGAAUCGAGGUACUUUGCUGUAGACCUGGCAAGCAGGUAGAUCUGCAAAUGGACUUGAUAUCAGAGUUUGUGUUUGGAGAGGUAGAGAAGCGGAAGAAUAAGCGUAACAUAACAGCGAUACAGGAGCUGCAGCUGAUAGAGAUCAUGAGUGAUUUCUUCCAGAGUCCAGGCGGCAGUCCCGCGGUGCGCAAUGCCCUCUUUUUGUCGCUCUUCCCGGCAGACAGUCCCAGACACAAGAUCCUAGGUAACCUGGUAUCAUUGGCAAUUGCCACACAAAACAAGGCAGUCUUAAACGCAGCUGGCAUUUGGAUGCAGCAGUUGGGCUCGACCUCACCGCAGAGCGUCGGACUGGCGAGACACGUGCUCAACGACUAUUUCGUGCUUACUCCAAAAUCCAUCGAUAGGCUCAAACAACUGCCCGCGCUCGCGCCGCAUUUCACCGCCAAUCUGCUGACAGCAAUAGGUGAAGUUUACGAGGAUAAAGAUCCAUCUACUGAGCUGCUCAGAUUGGUAGGCGAAUGGAUCGACGAGAAUCCGAGUUUACUGUUAACGCCUCUGAUGGAUAAUCCAGCAUUACCCACCGGUGGAAUCCCAAUGACACCGAUAACACCCAUAGCGGGCCUGUUCAGGUGGUGCAUAUUGAGUCCUUUACGUCACAACACCACGAACAGUCUGGAGGAUCAGGAAGAGUCGCGAAAUUUUUAUUCAAAGGUUCAACAGUUACUCAUGGACUCAGUACUACGAUUGAACAAUAGCGGCAGCAAUAAGCACGCGAUCUCGGCGCAACACUUAGCAUCUACUACUCGUUUGUUGACGGCAAAUUUGCAGAAUCGGCCGAAUGUCGACACAAUCUCGCGCGACUUAGCCAUAGAACGACUCGCACAAGCCGUUAGCGCAGCCAUGUCUGCGAACUGUAUUUAUGGAAAUAAGCAGGAACUAUUAGCCCUUCUGCAACCAUUGUCAUAUGAGCACUUUUUAGUGGAAUGGACAUUACAAACAUAUGCAACUAAAGCAGCUUGAAACGAGGAAAACGAUGACGACCGUAAUGGCGACAAUAACGACGAUAAUAUAGUCUAUUCGAUCGAUAUUCUAAGUUAUUUGUACAUAAAAAAAUACUGUCAUUAGGCACUUGUACAUUUGUUCUACUAAAAAAUUAAAUAAUUCUGACAAUA